UGGAAUCAAGUGCACAUGCAGCCAUGCUGUACUCACUGUUAUUCAUGCUCAACGUUUUGAAUCUUAAUGUGUUUGUUUCCCCCUGUGCUCGUCUGCUCAGGUGGUGACGGGUGUCGGACCCUGCCAUGGCGCGGAGGAGGCUGAAGCUCGUUGUGAUGGUGAUCAUGAUGGUGAACUUCUUCAUCUUCAUCAUCAUCUCCCGACACAGCAGCCAGGACAAAAACGGCCUCAACAAGGUCCGCAUCCCCUCCAAACCGUUCUGGUCCAAGCUGGUCCCCAAAUCGGCGUACUGCAACCGCCAGCAGCAGGUUCUGGACCUCCAGAACAACCCGGUCCUGGCGGCUAACUAUAGCACGGCGGUUGUGGCCGAUUGGCUGAAUGACACCAGUUUGACGUCGUACCCGUGCCAGCCUAACUUUAAGGUCACCACUCAGGUGAAAGAAUACAACUCCCUGCCGGUCCGCUUCAAGGACUUCCUGAUCUUCAUGCACUGCCGGUCGUACCCGAUCAUUGUGGACCAGCCGGGCAUCUGCAAGGAGCCGCCGUUCCUACUCCUGGCCGUCAAGUCGCUGGCGCCGCACUUCGACCGCCGCCAGGCCAUCCGCCAGUCGUGGGGCCGGGCGGGUGUGGUAGCCAAUCGGACGGUGGUCACCAUCUUCCUCCUCGGCAACGCCACUCCCGGGGACCACCACCCGGAUCUGUCCGGGAUGCUGCGCUACGAGAGCGUCCGUCACAGAGACAUCGUCCAAUGGGACUACAGGGACUCCUUCUUCAACUUGACCGUCAAGGAGGUUCUGUUCCUGGAGUGGAUCCAGACCCGCUGCGCCGGAGCUCGCUUCGUCUUCAAAGGCGACGACGACGUCUUCGUCAACACCUUCCGCAUCCUGGACUUCCUCGGGGGCCUCUCGGAGCCCAAAGCCAGGGACCUGUUUGUGGGCGACGUGAUCACGAACGCGGGGCCGCACAGGGACAAGAAGGUGAAGUACUUCAUCCCGGAGAGCAUGUACGUCGGGAUGUACCCUCCGUACGCGGGUGGAGGCGGGUACCUGUACUCCGGCGACAUCGCCGCUCGCCUCCACAACGUGUCGCGACAGGUGGCGCUCUACCCAAUAGACGACGUCUACACGGGGAUGUGUCUCAGGAAGCUGGGGCUGGCCCCCGAGAAGCACAAGGGCUUCAGGACCUUCAACAUCGAGGAGAAGUACCGGUCCAACCCGUGCGCCUACAAGAGCCUGAUGCUGGUUCACCCGAGGACGCCGCAGGAGAUGAUCCAGAUCUGGGCCUGGCUCAGUAACCCCGGUCUGAAGUGCCAGUGACAAACGUUUUAUUUUAGAAACAGGGUCGUGACUUCAGAGUUGGCAGCUUUAAGUUGAGAUGUUAUAACGGUCGCUCGGAGGACUGAUUUCAACGUGACCACCAUAGUAUUUGUUUGACUGGAUGUCGAGCUGAACCCCGCUUCACUGUCCGAAAACGAGCUUCACCCAAAGUGGCCGUGUCUUUUUCUCUGCGUGCACAUAUUUAUAUCACAACUAUUUAUAUGGCCUUCGUAAUGCUUUAACACUGUGUGUGUGUGUGUGUGUGUGUGUGUGUGUGUGUGUGUGUGUGUGUGUGUGUGUGUGUGUGUGUCCGCGACGGAGCACCUCAAUGCUGUAUUAUAGAAUAAAGAGACUAAAGAACUGGGAUGUGUCCACCUGGGAGUCUCUGUUGAAAAACAUUUCAAAAUAAGAGAGAGGACUUCUCAAACGCAGCAUUAUUAAACGGUCCAGUGGGUCCUACAUGCUUCGGUUUCUUCCUGUUGGCUUUAGAGGAGCUUCCUGGUGAACACGUCCUGGUGAAGUGUAGCUGGAGGCUCAGUCUGUGCUGCUACUCCCGUCCACACUCCCUAAAGUAUUUACUCGUGACUCGCUCCGACUACAAACUAAACCAGCUCCUCCUCACAAAGAGCCUCGCUUUGUGUUCAUGUACAAACCGUUCAUCUGGAGUUUAUUUCACCUUAAACUUGGGAUUGUCCGUAGAGCUUCUAGAUGUUCUGGUGGAGCGAACGCACGCUUCGCUUUCAGGAAAACAGGAAUGUGAGUCCGGCUCAGCAGGUCUGGGCUUGGUUUAGACAGAGAAAAUCCAAAUGCUGUCUGGUUGUGCUUCAGGUUUCUCGCUUUAUACACAAACAGAAAAGACAGAGUGCUCAAAUGAACCAAACGUGCAUCUUCAGAGAUAUACUCGCUUUAACGUGAUCGUGCUGCUGUGUGAACGUGUUGAAUGCUGUUAAUCGUUGCUUUACUGUUGAAUCGGAGCGAUUUAAAGCACACGUGGAACUUCUUCAAGCUACUUCAGCUCUUCUUUUACUUGACGAACGGUUCAUUCGGCUUCAUUUCAAAAUGUCUCUGUUUGAGGAGGAGAUCACGUGUUGUCGUCUCUGUUUUACCGACUUGUUCGCUGAUGAAGCUUUAAACCGUGUUCAUGUUUGAAGGUCUGCUCGGCUCACUACUGUACGGCUUUUAGUCCCUUAGAGAAGUGCUGCUCAUUGUUUGUUGUGAUGUUACAGGUCUCAGUGAAGGAGAUGUGGUUUUGUGUUCCCGUUUGGAAACAGGUCAGAGAAGUGCGUUACAUGAAUGUGUAUCUUUGUGUGUAGUUCUUCAGUAUUGACACUCAGAAUGUCCGUUAAAGAGAAGUCAGUCAGACCCUCAGACGGCCUCUGUUGGAGCUCCCCCUGCUGGUCAGGAUGCUGAAAUUUAGCAUCACACGCUGACGACUCCACGACCCAAAGCUCUUGACCUACUUUAUUGUUCUGUUCACGUUUUAAACCAAACAUUCGUUAUCUCUCCAAUUUACAGCAGCAUGUCGCUCCUGCUAGUGUUACUGUAGUGGGACAAUACUGUGUUUUUGUGGUCACCUUUGGUGUCGGAAGAAAAACAAAGAAAGUUAAAAAGACAAUCACAGUUGGGUCAAUUUAGUCCUUUUUCUGGGAUUACAUGCUGACUGGACACAAUUUAAAGAGUCCAUGUAGGAUCAAACAAACACUAAAAGAGAACGAGAGGGAGCAGGAGACGAGGACAGAAGCAUCAUGUAUCCUCAAUAAUAUAUAUCUAUCAUAUAAUAAGUCACACUCUGUUCAUGUGGCUACUUGAAUGAUGUUUACAUGCUUUUAACAAGUCCUCACUUACUGAUUUUCUUUUUAGAAUUGGCUGAUUAUUGGACUUUGUAAUUUAGCUUCACAAUUAUUCUCAUUUUCUUUUCUUUGUUUUACAUCCAUCAUGUCUGGACAGUCAGUGUUUCUCUGGUCUCAUUUCAUGUUUCUGAGCUUCUGUAGAUGUUGUUUUCGAGGGCAGAACAAGAAACGCAUCAUAUUUACAUCGAUAUGAAGUGAAAUGUAUUAAUCAACACGACAGGGAAACUGAAUCCACACGACGCGAUAAAUGCACGAGUGUUUGGGCCUUUACUCAUCCAGGAUCUUCUGUUGUUACCCAGAGAAGAUGAAUACUUUGAUUACCACUUUCACGCGCCUUCAACUCAUAGUUACAAGUAUUUCACAAUACUUCAGAUACUUUAAUACUUUCUGAAGAAUUAUGUGUGUGUGCGUGUGCGUGUGUGUGUGUGUGUGUGUGUGUGUGUGUGUGUGUGUGUGUGUGUGUAUAUAUAUGUAUAUGUGUAGGACCUGCACUAUUCAGAGUUCAUUACCAAAUCUGUAUGUGUGUGUGUGUGUGUGUGAGUGUGAGAGAGUGUGUUUAUCCAUCAGCCGUGUUAAGUGUGAUCGCUUUUUUUUUUUUUUAAAUGCCUAGAAUGACUUGAUUAUUUCAAUAAAGCUGUAUUUUGCUGUUUUUGUCUAUAUGUCCUUGUUUAUGCAUUUUUAUUGUAAUACAAAUAAAUUAUGUGAAGUAAA